UCUAAGAGCUCGGAUCUGUUGCAGAUUGAUCCGUUCACACUUCAAUUUUAAAUUCUUGGAUUUUUAAAGGUUGAAAUCCCUAUCCACUUAGAUAACAACGACCUACUGCAAAACUAGAACUCAGUAUGCCAUCUCGGUCGACAAGGCAUCCUGAACACUGGUUUGUUUCGAGGUCGCGCACAAAUUGCGGCUUCCAGAUGUUGUUCUACACUGUACCAAAUACACUCAAUAAGUUGAACUUAACCCAAUAGGAAUUGCGGGUCCUCCUGAAAACAGCCUUGUACGAUCUACUUCAAUCAUUUUUUCACUGUUUCAUUCAUUUCUUUUCUUGAAUUUGAGCUCUUUAAUUAUCUAUUCGCUUCUAUAAAAUUUGUGUUGUCAUGUGAAAAAGGAAGAAACGUUGUGAACGCAUAUUUUUAUUUUUAUUUUUUUAGUUGGAGAUUAUGACGUAUGCUUAAUUUUCUACAAUGAUCGUCUGGUAUGUGUUUAUAUGCAACUUGUAGUGCGUUUUUCUUAAGUUUGUUUCGGCUAGAUACGGAAAUCGCCUGCCGUCUGUACUGCCUUGUUUUAUGAGAGGGUGGGGCCUGUCAAACUGCCUUAUAGCAGCUUUUAAAGCAAAAGCUUUACUGGCCGCGAACUUGCGAUUUCGCCAUGGCGGUGCUCCGAGGAGGCGCAUGACAUCACAACGCGCGCCUCUCCGCGGAUAUUUCUCUCUCUCUGUCUCGCUCCCUAGUCACUACUGCGUAUGAGCCACUAGUAGCACCGAGCCACAGGUGUUCCGCCGCUGCGCAGCGCCGCGCCUUUCGACCGCCGCCGUUUGGUAUGACGUCGCACCGCGUUUCUCGUCGUUGCGCUCGGCUCCGCUCGCUUCGCCAGCUGCGUCGCAUGCCUGAUAACAUGUCGGGGGAUUGAAAAGGAGAGCUCGCGUGCGCCGCAACCACAGUUGAGGCGGCAAUAUGCACGGCGACAAUUCUGAUAAGCAGCAAGAGGCCUGGAAUCGACAUCGGAACAAGAUGAAGAGGGAACGAAUCGCCCAGGAAACAGAUGAACAGCUCGCCGAACGACAGAACUAUCGGAACAGCCAAGAGCAAUGACGAAGAAUGAUCUCUGCAGUUUGUUCCAGUGGAGCAUCGUGUCCACACACCCGUCCUCCAAUGGAAAAGAGGAUUUGAAAAUCUGCUGUUUCAAUAGUGUAUUAGGUGCUGUUAUCAUAAUUGGAUCAGUGCUUUACCAAAGAAUACGAAAUUUUAGAAAGGCGGGGCUCUGUUAAUAUGACAGCAUCGUCUGUUGACUCCAAUGUAAUGGAAGAUGCAUUCGGGAACAUCUCUUGUUCCAUAAUAAAGGCCGAUAGUGUUGGAAACGUCAGCAAUGCCACUGCCGCCGGCUCGGACGAUAUCCUUGGUCCUCGGUACCACAAGAGAGUUCGCAUCGUCAUCAUCGUCAUCAUGAUAGUUGCGUCUGUCGUCGGAAACACGGUCGUCUGCUGGAAGCUCGUCUUCAAGCGACGCCACAGGCGCGUGUCCAAGGCAAGAGUGUUGUUCCUGAACCUCGCCAUCGCUGACCUUCUAGUGGCCUGCAUCACGAUGACGUCGCAAGUGGUGUGGGAGGUGAUGGGCCGCGUUUGGAUAGCCGGUGAUGCUUUCUGUCGCUUCUUCAAAUUUAUGCAGACGUUCGCGCUGGUCUCGUCCACUUACAUGCUAGUGACCAUCGCGGUGGACAGACAUAUCGCAAUCACGACGCCGCUCGCGCCCAGCCCGGACCCCUGGAAGUUGGCCGCCUUGACGUGGCUGGCUUCGUGCAUGCCGUCGUUGCCGAACGUGUACGUGUUCCAUAGUGUGGAAGUCGCGCCGGGAAAGUGCUUCUGCGCGUCAAUCUUCUACGACCGCGGCACGCCUCUAUACCACCGCCAGAUCUACAUGGGUUUUGUGUUCUUCAUGGUGUUUGUGGCCCCACUCGUGUUGCUCUUUACAUUCUACACAGGAAUCCUAUGGACGAUAUGGAAGCACAGUUCCAGAAGCGCCAAAAUGGGACAGCAGACAAGCUCUUCACUGCCACGUGCCAAGGUAAAGACGCUCAAGAUGACGGCCGUGGUGUUCGGCGCCUUCCUUGUGACCAACGUGCCGUACAUGGUGCAGGAGGUCAUCCUGGCUUUCGGCAAUCCGGGCAUCCUGGACGCCAACGUGGUUGCUCUCUUCGGGGUCAUCUCCGCUUCGAACAGUGCCAUCAACCCAUACAUAUUCCUCUACUUUGAAAAGAGGCAGCGCCGUGGUACAGGCAGUGCCCUAAGCGGAAUGCUGAAACGACUUCCCUGCCUGGGCAGCCGACUAGCUGUCACAGACAGGGGCGCUCAACAAAUGGUCAUGUUGACGGUGAACUAUUCGGGUAGGCACUCGCGUACGAUAACCACAGUUAAUUGUGACUCUUGCGCAUGCUCGGAGAACGCCCACUGCUGAUAUUGUGACGUCACUGCGAGCCUUGUAAAAGCAGCUACGGCGUCGCACGAUGAGCGAUGCUCAGUACAGUUUGAAACAUCGCAUAAGUCACCUCGUUCUCUGAAACUGCGCUAUCUGCUCCGAGGAUUACGUGUUGAAAAUGACCAGACCCUACUGCUUGCUUGCAAGUGUCAAUUACGGACGGUCAUGUCAAAUAUUCACCCUGAAGUACAUGCUACGAGCUCAAAAGCCGCAACUGCACACCCGAAGAUAUUACCGCGUGCUCAUAAGAACCAAAAUAUUGGACUAAUUCUGCUUGAUGUCUUCCUUAAAGCCCAGUAUUCGAUUGGCGCUUCUAUAAGUACCGGUAAAAUGUGCUGUGGUGCAGGUUGUAUGAGACCUACGCGCCUUUAGGUUUUAGUUGUAUUCAUGUGGUUGAGGGGCACCGUAGCUAUCUUUGUUGUCCGAACUUCUUGUGCCAGAUAUCGGCCCUCAUUUCAUGAAAUCAAUUGCCAGAUUAUUACUCGCUUCUCAGAAUAUUAGAAUGGGUCUUCACAAUAGUACGUCAUUCAGGAGCAGCAAGGAUAACAGUGACGAUCAAGGGGUCGCAUUUGUCUCAGCAAAAAAAGGUGCUGUUCCCGUCAUUGCGCACCCUCCGAAAAAGGAGAGGAGUUGCAUAAACCAAAUUUUUGUAGGUACCUGGCUAGGCCAAACUUUUCUUUUCCGCCUUCCUUUGCUAUCGAACCAUUUUUUAAAAAUCCGAGCGCACCUAUACUCCGUUUCAUACAUCAGGUGCAAUGAUGUGGAGGCUAGAGGUACCUUUUGUAGAGGCCGCGUUCUCCCAGAAAUAGUUCGGUGUCUUUUGACCGAUUUUUGUGAAAAUUUUCUUUAUACAAGGUCAGUUCUGAAUGAAAAUAAGAAUUUACCCUAAGAAGCAGACAAAGCAUGCGCUCAUUCGGCUUCUAAUACGUUGUUUCAUAUCAAUUUGCUUUUCGCUGUUCUUUAUUUGCAUCCCGUCGCAGCAGCCUCACGUGCAUGCUCGCGCGAGCAAACGCCGCUGGCGCCCAGCCAAGAGCAGACGGAACGCUCGGAGUGAUAAAAUUUGGAGACCGCACUACUUGUGUAGCUUCCACAGCGUUGCACUUGAUGUACGAAACGGAGUAUAAGCACUUCUUAUGACUUGUGAAUGCGAAAUCGUUAAUGAACGCCGCUGAGCGGUCCUUCGAGUUAUGAACUCCUCGCGGGCAAGCGAGCACGUUGAGACACAAGGCCAGUGCACUUCAAUCUGUGACGGGAUGCUACCUUCCCCGACUGCCAUAAAAUAUAAUGGGGACGCUACUGAAUAAGCCGCGGUGAUUUUGACGUCACUGCUUUCGUCACGCCGGGCUUGUCGAUAGAAAUUUCGGUCUAAGUAGCAUGAUGUCAUCAAGCAGAGUGCACAGAUCUGCUAUGUAGGAGGCGCUUGUUCAGCCCAGUGGGUAAGACGCCCGGCUUGUGAGCGUAGAGUCGCAGGUUGGAAACUCACUACCGCAAACAUUUUUCUUUCCCAAUUUAUUCGGCUUUUAUUGCGAUAGCAAUUAUAUGGACACUCCAGGCGCAUUUCUCCCGUCGCCUUCGGCGUUACUGUCACCGUCGGCGUCGCCGUAAGGUUACGUAUGAGUGAAAGCGUGUGAUGGUGAGCUGGCGAACACAGUUUAAUCUCGCGUGCGCGAACGUGGAACGCGGCCCGCAUGCGAGCCCUCUCUUGUGGCGCGCGAGCCAUAUGCGCGAGCCAGGGGGGGGGUGAGGCGUGGGAGGAGGCACGUUCUUCUCCGGCAGCUGCUACGGUGCCUCGUUGUCCUCCUCACCCGCCGCUCCGUACAGCGUGGAGAGAACCGCGGCGUUUCCUACGGCGUUGGCCACGCGAAUCGCACACGCCAUAGCAGACGCCUUUGGCGGACGCCGUAGGGACACGUUGCCGGCGCCCAUGUGUCUUGAAGUGGUCCGCGACGGGGCUAAAGUGCGUGUCCGCGCGGGCCUCAUCGUCAAAGUGAUCUGCGAUGUUUUCAGAGUACGCGUAGUGCCGGUAGCUUCGUAUGCGCCGUGCUUUUCACGUUUCGUAUGCGUUGAAGCGACAGAUGCACGGAGGUCAAUUGGCUCGCGGCUACCUGCCGCGGUUCCUAACUCCAGCGUUUUCACAGUCAGUUCCCGCUGUCAUCGCGCGAUGUGUGUUCAUGUUAAUCUGUGCGCACGUGACAUCGUGCUGGUAAAUUUAGUUAAAACACGUUGACGGGCUAGUUGGUUUGAAUCCAUGAUAGAAUGUGUAAGCGCGACUGAACAAGGACGUAGAAAGAAGCAGACACACAAAGUCGUCGCUGUCUGUUUCUUCCUACGUCCUCAUUGAGUUAUGCUUACACAUUCUAUUAUUGUUAAUUUAGUUAGUAAGCGAUUAUUAACAAGUUUGUACGGCCAAUAAAACUACUAUCCUUACUUCGUACAGCCAUGUACUAAUUUGCUGUAGCAAUAGGGGCUUCGUUUUUCCGGCAGAACUGCGAAUUUUUUCAUACAAUAUUUUCCUUAUAGCGAUAAGCAAGGCGAAGUUACAAUGCAGGCAUAGACCUCGCGCGGACGAUGUAACGCGCGGAUAACACAGACAUCCGAGAGCGAGGGCGACGUGGCAUAGUGUCGUGGCGAUGCCUUCCCCCUUCAAGCAACACCUGGCUCGCCAACGCAGCAGCAGGUGUACCCUUUCACCCGGUCUGCUCCGUUGAUGCGUGCACGUGACGCGGCGUCGCAGCCAAUGGGAAUUUAGGUGCCGUUUCGCUUCUACAGACGCCAGCUUUUUCGCCCAGUGGGCCAUUUGAUGCUUUCGCAUCAAACAAGAGACGUUUUGUGUAAAGCACUUUACAGGUUCAGCUAUUGGGUUCGUGUUGGCAGUGCCACAGCUUCGUCACUUGGAGAAAGCACGGCGGGUCAUCUUUAUUGUCCCAGUUUUGUUAAAGUGCCUCCAAGUUCACAGCCACGCACUACAUACAUACAUACAUACAUACAUACAUACAUACAUACAUACAUACAUACAUACAUACAUACAUACAUACAUACAUACAUACAUACAUACAUACAGAAAUUGAAAAGAAAUUGGAGUACGCCAAUAGAUAUCUCUCUAACAGGCGGUGCACCGUGCCAAAGGCCUUUAUUAGGGGCAUGAGGAUGUUCUGUCGACGUGACUCACAAAGAAGAAACGUUCAUCAAGCUAGUCGCAGUAAUUGUGUGCUAAUGUGAUGUACAAAACGCGUUAGAUGUUGUUUGAAUAUUGGCAGGCGUCCUACGUAAUAGGAAGAACGCUUACAGUCGUACUACUUAUCAAACAGGGAGCUUUUUUUUCCACCUUGUAAAGCUAGACGAUACGUGAAUAACGGCUCAGAACAAUUAAUUAUCCGUCCUUCAACUCAUUGAUCACUUCUGGUGCUGAAGUUAGCCGCCUGGAAAGGCAACACCAAAUCUACGCUACGUUUUAAACUAUCGUGUGCUUUACAGAACAAAUAGCCUCUUACACGCUAAUAGUGGUUCUUUCCCUACACGAGUGCAUAGUGGGCAUAGCGUUGCAGUCUGAUUACUUGAAGCUGUAUACAUAAUUUAACUAUGUAUGUGCCUACCGGCGCCUCCGAACUUCGAGCAGAAAAUAAAGAAACAGACUUGAGGCAUGUUUCCCUAAGAGUGCUUAAUUACUGACUCGCACAAAAACAUGUGUCAAAUUUGUACAAACUUGAGUGUCACAAAAAUAAAUAUGAUGUUCGU